GGAAAAUUGGGGCCACAGAUCAGCUCCAGAUCGUUGCUAGAAUCGUAUCCAGGGCAGAUUUCGUCUUGUCUCCUUCCUUCCCUUACAAUCCUAAUAGCAUCUGGGUGAAGGCUAAGGCGCAGCCUGCAUGCACACAGGCCAGAAAGCAAGGAGCGAUUUCUGAUAUUGGAGACGGAAUCUGGUGGCCGCAGGCAAAAAACAGAGGAAGCGAAACAAAGCACCACCGAUGCAACUCAAGCAAGUGUCAGAGCACACAUUCCGCCCUUUAUAAUGGUGCACUAGGAAUGGGCGAUCUGAGUUGGCGAUUGCAAGCUGGGAGUGUAGGAAUGGGACACAAAUCGUGUUUUUCCGGCACAUUCCAGCUACUGUGACACCUCAGCAUUGCAGCCAGGCAUUUUGGCAUCUUGGCUGACCGCUGCAUCACCACUCCCAGGAUGCUUCUAAUGCAGAGUCUGCUAUAGAACUGGUUGGGCAAUGCCGUUGGCUAAUUGACGCUCCACCAGCAAAUGGCACGAUCAACUUGAAGCAAGUUCAAUUUUGGGCCGUAAGUUCUCCUUUGUUUCUAGCAAUGGAGUCAAUUGCUCCCGCUGGUCACUUACUCGGUGGCCAAGUGUUGCGCCUGUGCAAGUUACAAGGGCUAGAUCUGGAGAAAGACCGCCCUUGCCUUGUGAAGGAGGUUCCAAGCUCUUGGUUGUCUUUGCAAAAAAGCAGCAAACCGUGUAGAAAGUCUGGCGCCACUGCAGCCGCUGGCACACAUGGGGCAGAAGUAUGGACUAUGAAGCCACUCGUGGUUGGUAUUGGCAUGAGCUCAAGUAGGAAGGAUUUGGCGGGAAAGGGCUCACGGGCCUCUUCAAUGAAAACUGAUCGCAUCAAAUGCAGCGCAUCUGCUCAGCCAACCAGAGCUGUGGGCAACGACAAUGAGGAGGCAUAUCGUCGAACCAAAAGCCUCCUCACAUCACUGUCGCAGAGCAUGGCGGACCUUGAAAAUGAGAUGUCUGUGCAGCAGAAGGAACUGAGUGAUACCUCCGCAAGGAUCGACGAGAUCAUUAUGGGCGAACCAGGCGCACUGCCUGAAUACAAUGGGUCGUUCUUUCCCCCAUCUGAGGGUGGACAGCGGGACGUCGACAUGGCACUGCGCCAGGAGCUGCAGCGUGAAAGUCAAGCUGUGGCCCAGUCAGAGGCGGAGAUCAAGGACCUAAGGGCAAGGCUGCAGCAUGCGCAGAAGCUGAGUGCGCAGGCGGCAGACUUGCAGAAAGCGGUGGACGAGAGGGACCUGCGGCUAGCAGCGCUCGCAAAGGACCUCUUGGAGCAGAACCUGACCAACGAAGAGAAGGCCCAGAAGCAGGAGGCGCUGCAUGCCGCGGAGCUGCGCAUUGCCGAGCUGACCACGGAGACGCAGCGGCUGCAGGAGGAGAUUCAAACUAGGGAUGGCCUCAUGGCACACAUGCAGAAGGAGGCGGCGAUGAGUACCAAGACACUGCAAACCGCCGCCAAGGCUAUUGCCAACGUGCGCGAACACAACGUGCUGCUGGAGACCGAGUUGGAGCAGCAGCGGCAGCAACUGAAAGAGAGUCGGGACGAGCUCGGCAAAGUGCAGCGCCAAAUGGCGGAAAAAGAGCAGGCGCUGCAAACCGCGGAGCAUCGCAUUGGCCGGUUGGAGCAGGCCAUGCACGAGCUGGACGCCAACCUGGAGCAGGAGAACCAGGACAAGCAGAUUGCGCAAAAGCAAGUCGCGAAGUCCAAGGAGGAGGUGAUCCAAGCACGGAUGAGGAUCAACGAGUUGACGGAGAAGAUGGGCGGCCUGGAGAAGCAAGUGAGCCAAAAGAACGCCUCGGUGGCGCAGCUCAAGAACCAGCAGGCCAAGACGUCGCUCGCACUGGAGCAAGCCAACCAGUCGCUCCAAGCGGCCCAGAGCCAGAUCCAGUCGCUGGAACAGCAGAUGGUGAGGGCGCAGGAGGCCCUCAAGGAGGAGGUGGAGGCCAGCACCAGCGCACUCAAGUCGGCCGCCUCCAGGGAACAGGCGCUUCGGUUGUCCGAGGGGCGUGUGCGCGAGCUGGCGACGGAGAACACGACGCUCAAGGCGCAGGUGGCGAGCAAGGAGAAGACGAUGGAGGCAGUGCGCGAGGAGACGCUCAAGAACGCGGACAUGCUCAUGACCGCACAGAAAACACGGAAGAGUUUAGUCGAAGCCGAGGGGAAGCUGACGCUGCUGUCGCAGCAAGUGGCGUCGCUGGAGGACGAGAUCCGGUCGCGGGACAGUCUCCUGGACGACAUCAAGGCCGAAACGUUCAAAAGUGCAGAGACGCUCAAGAUGGCCGCCAAAGUGAACCUGCUCCUGAACGAGACGCGGGAGCGGGAAGCCGAGUUGCAAGAAAAUCUGGAGGAGAAGGAUGACAUCAUCGGGGAGCUACAGCGGGAGCUCGCAGAGAACGCAAGAGCGGCCAGGGCGGAACAGGCGUUGAGGGCAGCGGAGCAGCGGAGGCGGGAACUAGAGGAGGAGAACGAGGCGCUGCGGCAGGGGGUCAAUGCGCGGGACCAGGCGCUGCGGAACAUGGAGGAGGAGGUGGAGCGGAGCGCAGAAGUGCUGGACGCAGGGCAGCAAACCAGAGAGAAGCUGCGUCGGCUGCAGGCGCGGACGGGCGAUCUGGAGGCGCAGCUCAAGAGCCGGGAUGCCAGCGUGGCCGCCCUCCAGAGCGAACUGACGGCGCUCAAGCUGCGCGCCAGUCACGCGGAGCAGGGCCGGCCGCAGCAGCAAGCCAACGCGGCGACCAACAACAGCCGGCCACUGGGUGUGGCUCAAAGCAUUUCGGACCUCGACCCCGCCCGUGAAGUAGAGCAACGCUGGCGACCCUAAGUGGUUGCGCAUGCUCGGCAACCCAGAUGAAAGACAGAAGCAUGGCUCCUCGCGUUGAAGGUCUUGAGUCUAGAUUGUUUACGCCUUGAGCCGCAUCACGAGCUUGAUAUUUGGUUAGUGUAGCACGAGAGACGAAACGUCGGUAGGUAUUGUCGGUUGAGCUAUACUUGGAUCCAAGGAGUCAAGAAGUUUUCUGGGCUGCACUGCGUGCUUCAAGGAGCAGUCGGUUCACACACAGGCCCCGCAUUGAUGGAGGUUGUACUGUCCCUCGCAAGAAGUACGUAUACCCUUGAAUACCAGGAGCUCCUUCUCCUCCCUUGCUUCAUUAUCUAGAUCCUUAAAUGUCAGGUGUUUUCUAGACUCUAGCUACUUAUUGUACCUUGUAAACGAUGGGACGAAGAUUCUGGGCGCACGCCCUUGAGAAAGCGGAUAAUUGAAGCUUUACUAAGACCCUUUCCAAAGGUCAUCAAAAGAAGAAAUAGACCCUUUUGGAAGGCAGUCAACAGGAUUGCUUCGAUCCAAGAUCGAAGUUAAAGCAUCA